AUGGUUGUAGGGGAAUCAUAUGAAAUAUGGUACAUGUACGAGCAGAGGCGGGUGGUGCGUGGUGGUGGAGGGGGCCUGCGCCGCUGCACUAGAAUGCGCCGUGUCCCCAUCCGCCGCACCGACCACAACAUUCCUUCGCCUUACUUCGGAUGGAAAGCGUCGAAACACAAUCAUUAUUUGCGACCUCAAGCUAAUCGCAGUUGUCAAGACAUCGGCUCGGACAUAGCGGCCAGUGGGUUCGAUCCCCACACGGUA